GGAGGCAUCCUGCUAUCAUGGAGAGGCUGAGAGCCCUUCGAGGUCUCUUUGCUUGUGUGGGCUGCGUGCCCAGGCGUACGCGUCGCAGGGAGAGAAGCAGGGUGUCAAGCCCUGUCCCUACCUGCGCCGCGACCUUACUGCUUCGGCGCCUGCAAGAUCAGGAGGGUGACCGAGCGCAGGCGUACUGUGAGCUGGAGAGCGCCCUGUGCCAAGACAGCAGCCGCCCGCCGUGCGGAGUGGUGAACCGGCUGCUGGCAGAGGUGUCCCGGGACCUGACGGCAGCCCAGGGCGUGACCAGCAAUGUCAAGACAGCUGCCAGCAAUGUCCUGGUGGCUCUGGCUCGGACGCACUUCACCUUGGUGAUGGCUGAGCUCCAGAGCCACCUGAAGGCCACGGGGGACAUGUGCAAGGAGUUGGUGCUCAUCACCCUGAGCAAACUCUUCAGCACCUAUGCUCCACAGUGCAUCCCCUUUGUGUGGCUGAUGCUGGCAGGCCUGCGCAGUGUGGUGGGCCAGGUGAAGAGUGGCCAGAUCCUGCGCGUCGCUUGUGCUGGUGAGUGCCGGCCCCAGAAGCCCUGCUGCAGACUCUCACAGACUCCGUUUUCUCUCACUCUCUUAAAAAAAAUAAUAAUAAUAAUUUAUUUUUUUUAUUAUUUUGUUUUUUCAGUUUUGAAACAGUGGCUGGAUGGAGUCAAGAAUUACUUGUCCUCAGGAAUGCAAUGCCCCUGGACUGACAUGGAGAAAGAGCAGAUCUAUGAAAACCUUCAUGAGCUGCUCUUCUCUGUGGUGUGGAACUGGCAAGACUGCCAGGAGGAACAGGACAAACAGGCCGUCCUUGGGGCUGUGGCUGCCAUGUUGGAGGUUCUCCUGCAAGAGGAGCAGCACCAAGAGCAGGUCUGGGAGCAGCUCCUCUGGCUCGUUCACCCGUGUCAGGAGAUCCAAGACACCUGCAGGGUGGCCAAGAGCCUCACUAUCUUCCUGGAGGCCUUAGGGGGCAUUCAGUCUGUCAUUCCAAGGGACAAGUUUCUGGACGUCACCAGUGCCGUGUUUUACCAGCUCUAUGACGACAGCAAGCAGCACAGCGAGGCUGGUCGUGCACAGCUGACCCACUGCAUCAUGCUGCAGGCCCGGAUCUGCCCAGAGGAAACCAUCCUGUUUCUGCAGUCGCAGCUGGGCGAUGACUGGGAGCCUGGAUGCGUGGCAGCCCUGGGUCUGCUGGGUGCUCUGGCUCGCUCUGAUGAGCCCAUGAUGACGGAGAUGCUGCCCCAGGUCGUCGAGGCUGUGCAGCGUCUGUGCAGCGACCCCAGCAUCCGGGUGAGGACGGCUAUUCUGUAUUUCAUCAAGGAUCUGCUCAGUUCGAACACCCGGAGCUGCUCAGCCUGGGAUGUGGUGGGGCACAUCUUCAGGGAGUUCAGCCGCGCCACAGGAAGAAGGACAGCCGGAGACCUUUCUGCCCGGGAAGCCCAGGAAGAAGGAGCUCUCCAGGAGCUGUGCAUGGACAUCCUGGGAUCACUGGACGUCUCUGUGAGAGGGAUGUCCAAACUCCUGUGGCCGCGGCUGCUGUUGUUUGUGGUGCCAGCGCAGUACACAGGCAUGCUGAUCCCAGUCUCCCGCUGUGUCUGUGCCCUGGCUGAGAGAGAGGAGCUGACAGGACGGCGUGUAGAACAUCUGGAUCCCCAUUUUGUCAGCUCCAUGUUUCAAGGCCCACUGCUGACGCCCCAGACACUGCUGGCACGACUGCUGGUGGUGGCAGGCAGCCCUGUAGCAGGCAGCAAACUCCAAGCUGCUGCCUUACUGCUGAUGAAAAACCUCCACAGCAGGUUCCACAGGGCUGUGGGGGCCAUGUGGGCUACUGAGAUCCCCCUGCUGCUGCAGUGUCUUGAAGGGAGAAAUGAGAGCUUCCCGGACACUGCCGAGUUUGAGCGCCGUCUGCUAAAGUUCCUGAAGUUGUCGCUGGACACAAUAGAGGAGAAGGCAUGGAUCGAGGCCCUGAGCUGUGAGCUGAGCCAGCGGCUGAGCAGCUCUGCCAGCAGCUCUGCAGAAAAGUCAUUCCUGUACAAGGCUCUGGGCACGGUGCUGGGAUCCUGUCAGGGAGUCUUCAGGGUGCAGGAGAAGCUGCUGCAGCACCUGGAGGAGGCAAAUGCAGAGGAGCCAUGUAAGGCCCAGGGAAUCAUCUCUCUUCUCAGCCAUGCUGCUGAGAACAACUUCCACACAGUCCUGGCCACGCUCACCAUGUUUGCGUCCAGGCUGUGCAAAGGCCGCAAUGCCAGGAUUUCCAGGCGCAAGAAGAUGCAGCUGGACAGCACGAGAGCUCAUGCCACACGCAGCGCUCUCAUGCUGGCCCACGGCAGCGUGGCACUGCAUGCCUCCAAAGAACAGCUGCUCGCCCACCUGGAGGGAGACAUUGUGGGCAACGUCCUGAUGCUCUACAGCUGCAGCUGCCGGGACUUGCAGAACAACCUCGCGCUGGUGCAGAGCAUCACCGACUGCAGCUCUGCCUUCCAAGCUGUGGGUGGUUCUGCAAGCUUUAACCCCUCCUUGAAGAGCAAGCUGCUGGAAAUCCUGAUGGACCUGAUGAAGAAGUAUUACUCGGGCAUCCCUGUCUCCCCAGUGCCUCUCAAGGUGGUUCUGGCCCUGGAGCAGUUGAGCAAGCUGAAGCCCUCUUCUGAAAGCAAGGACCUGCGUGAGAUGUUGGUCCUGUGCUGCAAGAACAUCGUGACACACCCUUCAGCAGAGAUGAUGCUGAAGAUCAGGAAGUCACAGCAAGCAGCACAGUACCUGCAGCUUCAGCAAACAGCACUGAAAGCUCUGGGCCGGCUCAUGGUGGUCCUGCUGGAGACAGAGCCCAGCGGCGGCUUCUUCCAGAACAUAGUCCAUGUCCUGCAGAAAUCAAUGGUAUCAACCAACGUGUGGGAGCGAGAGAGGGCCCUGCAGACCUGCUCCCAGCUGCUGUCUGUUUGUGAAGAGCUUCAAAGAAGAGAUGUCUGUGAACACUUUGGCUCCUUGGUGGGAUUGCUGGCGCCUCUGACUUGUGACCCCAUGCCUGCAUCCCGCCAGCUGGCUGUCACCUGUCUGAGCUCCCUUCUGCGAAUCCAAGCCAAAGCGACCAACACAGACAUCGAGACGGGUGACAUCGGGAGCCUGUGCGAGGGGCUGCAUGCCUGCAGCAUCGCCUCUCAGCUCCAGACCACAUCCAAAAUGGCCAUGAUCGUGUGCAGGAACUUCCCCCUAGAACGCACCGUUGACUUCAUGACUGCCAUCAAGGAGACGAUCCGGAAAGCCAACGGAGUGCGUGUGCGUGCUGCUGGGAAGUGGAUGACCACCUUCCUGCAGAUGCACGGGAAGGACAUCUGUUGGAACGUGCCUCCGAUCCUCUACAUCCUGCGCAGCAUCACGUCGUUUGCGCAGCAGAGCACGUUCCUGCCCUUCCUGUGCCAGGCGGUGGUCAUCCUCACCCGCUGUCACACUGAGGCCGUGAUGAGCAACUUCUCCCGGCCGCUUGGGCCAACGGACAGUGAGACAUGGAGGAGAAUAAGAGAAUUUUGUCUUCAGCGAUGGAGCCAAUAGAAAAAAGAAGAAAGGAUAAGAAAGGAAGGGAGGAGAGGAAAGGAGCAGGGAAGGAAAAAGGGAAUGA